CCCUGGGACGGAGGAAAGGUCUCACUGAAACCCAGAGAUGAAGGGCCUCCUCCCACUGGCUUGGUUCCUGGCUUAUAGUGUGCCUGCUGUGCCAGGAGGCUUGCUGCAACUGAAGUCAAUGAUUGAGAAGGUGACAGGAAAGAACGCCCUGGUAAACUAUGGCUUCUACGGCUGUUACUGCGGCUGGGGCGGCCGAGGGACCCCCAAGGAUGUCACCGACUGGUGCUGCUGGGUGCACGACCGCUGUUACGGGUCGCUGGAGGACAGAGGCUGCAACAUCAGGACACAGACCUACGGAUACAGAUUCGCAUGGGGCCUGGUCACCUGCGAGGCCGGGCCCUCGUGUGGCGUGCAGCUCUGCGCCUGUGACCGGCAGCUCGUCUACUGCCUGAGGAGGAACCUGCGGAGCUACAACCCUCGCUACCGCUACUUCCCCAACGUCUUCUGCUCCUAGUCACCCGGCACGGGCUCCUGCCAGGCCAAGACUUUGUUCUCUUCUACAAUGCAGAGUUCUGACUCGGAGGGAUGCCCCGGAGAGGCUCAGGGUCUCAGACCUCAUCCUGUCUCGGAGGAGCCCCAGGGCCACACGUCACCCUCUGGAAAGUCCCCAAAAGGUGACUAAUAAACACCACACAGGCAUUUUUCCUCUGCU